ACCAGAAAUCCAUCCAUCCAUCCAUCAUUCAGCUAAAAUAAAUAAAGUGCUCUCCUCUUUAAAAUUUCUUUAAAUAAUUUCAAGUAAAAAGUAAAUUUUCAACACAGCAUUAUCUAUUUUUACCUAGUUCUGCCUUUGCUGUGACGGUGAUAUAGUGAUAUUCCGAUAAUCGCACCAGAAUCGAAGGCGAUAGGAACAUUAUUAUGGAGAAACACGUGGCGAUAAGGUUAACAAAGAUUGAAAGUUCAACAGAGAAAUUGAAACCUGAAGACUUUCUAAUUGCUUCAAAUAAAAUAUCUGCGAAUAGUUUGCUCGUGCUGAAGGAACUUUAUGACCUGACCAAGUCUGCCGAAAACGAUGCAUCAUCAUCUAGCGCCCUCCAAAGAUACCUCCCCACCCUAAGAGCAAAGAAAUCGCCCAAGAAAAAGGGUACAAAAAAGAACGAGUUUUCUCGAACGGAAGUCCCUCUCUCAACACUAAUCACCGAUAACUUUGACCAAGAUCAAAUUUGGGAGGAGAUUCAAUUGCAAAAUGGGCUCAUUUAUGAAACCCUAGUCUCCUCAAUAUCCAAAGUUUUGGCACAUAAGUUUCGAGCUCAAAAGGCUCAGAAAGACGAUGAUGACGAUGACGAUGAAACCAUUUUAAGGGAUUUGGAAGAAGGAAGUGCUGAAAACGGCAACCUGGAAGAGGACGAAGAUGAUUUGUCCGACUUUUUUGAAAGUGAUAGCAAAUCUAGAAAGAAGAAAUCCAAACAACAGACCAAAUACUCAAAGUCAAUUGUGGAUGACAAGUUUUUUAAUUUGGCCCAGAUGACAGAAUUUGUCGAUAAAAUGGAUACUGAAGAGGGUCAGAGUGAGGAUGAUGAUGAUAACGAUAAGGUCGACUAUUUCAAGGGUGACGAAGAAAAUGAGGAAGAGGAGGAGGACUUGUACUACAAAGAUUUCUUUGAUCCACCGCUGGACGAAGAGGAGAGAGUAACACAAGAAUCAAGGAAUGAAGAUAGAACAAACCGUCCAGUUCAGUUUAACUUAGAGGAGGAUGAAAAUGCAACGGAUGAUGAGGAGAAUGGAAUGAAAGAAGAAUCCAACACCACUGAUGAUGAUGAUGAAGGACCUAAUAGCGUCAAAGAGGAAGAUGUAGUUGCUAGUUUAUCAACCUUUGAAAAGAAACGAAGAAGAAUUGAAGAAAAUAUCGAAGCAAUGGAAGAACAAGCACUGCAACCAAAGUCCUGGCAGCUCACGGGUGAAGUAACAGCACAAACUAGGCCAGAAAAUUCUCUAUUGGAAGAACAUCUUCUUUAUGAUCAUUUACUUCGACAAGCUCCGGAAAUCACAACAAAAACUACCCAAAAGUUGGAGGACAUAAUCAAGCAACGUGUCAAAGACCAAUCCUGGGACGAUGUGAUUAGAAAAAUUAAACCGAUCGAAAAUAUUUCCGAGUAUAAGAAACGUCUCGUCCUAGAUGCUGAGAAGAGUAAAAUUAGUUUAACAGAAAUUUAUGAAAAGGAAUAUAUCGAAAAACAAAAUGAUGGGGGGAUUGCCACCACAGAAGAAGAUAAAGAUCCAGAAGAACAUAAAACAAUUAAAAAAGAUCUGCAGACAUUAUUUGCAAAAUUAGAUGCACUGUCCCAUUUUAACUACACUCCGAAAGCGCCUGUGCCUGAAAUCAAAACCAUCACGAAUGCAACAGCAACAUCUAUGGAAGAAAUUACCCCGUCGACAUUUAGUGAAGCAAUGCUACUUGCUCCUCAAGAGAUUUUGGAACCAGCGAAGGGUGAAAUUAAAGGGAAAUCAGAACGUACGUCGACUGAUAAAAAGAGAGAAAGGCGACUGAAGAAAAAGAAGCAACAUUUGAAGAGACUAUCACAAGAGGAAAAAGCUAGAGCAAAGGGAUUGGGACUAAGGAACAUCAGAUUAGCUGAAUCUGUCGUUAAAAAAUCGAAAAGAGCAACGAAUGACGACAGCAAUCUUCUUAACAGUAAAGAACUCAAAUCGUCUAAAGCAUUUUUUGCUAAACUUCAGGAGCAAGUUUCCAGUCACAUUAGCAAAGUUGCAAAGAAAAAUAAAGCCUCGAUGGAUGCCAAAGUUAUAUCAGUCAAAAAGUAUAAACUCUGAAAAUAAAUCAAUGUUAUUAAUUAUUGUUAAGCCAAAAAAA